AUGGUGCGCGUGCUCGGAUCUUCUGGUGACUCAGGAGUUCACCGUGAGUCCCUAAGUGAAGCAGUAAAAGUCAAGACUGAACCUGGGAUGGAAGCGUUAGAGGCAAAGGGAUCGCCUCCGACGCGUGGUUUUAAAGGAUCCCCGGGUUACGAGAGUUUCGGGAGGGGCUCUGAUGACAAGAAAAUCAUUAAGGAAGAUCGAUCAAUCGAUCUGGAAGAUAAACCUCGACCCCCUCCUAUGUCCCCUUUAAAGACCACCGCGUACCGUGCUGCAAAACACGAUCCGCUGGGUGAAGACCCUUUAGCGAAAACUGAACAAAAACUACACAAGAUCACUCAGGCAAUGUCAAACAAGACGAUUUUAAAGACAGAUCGAGUAAGUAAAGAAGAGCCCAGAUCGUAUCGACACGAUCGCGGCGUGAAAGCUAUCGUGAAACCGAUCAAGUUCGUGGACGAUGCUCUGGAUUUGAAGAUGGAAGGCUGGCAGUUGGAUCGACUGGCGCAGGGAUUCCAUUGGAAGGCGCUCAAGAAUAUGCUAUCGAGCGACCCCGUGCUACGGAUACUUAAUCCUAAGCUAAUCGGAGAGAUACAAGGCCCGAUAUCCCGGCCGAAGGUGGCGACUAACGCAGUAGAAGGGAUCGGCGCGAUCAUCCAGCUGCUGCAAGAUGCUGGAUACGUCGCUAAGGCGUUCUAUGCGAACGAACAGCGGGAAUGCGAUCAGGAUCAGGUGAUCCAUACGUGUCGAUCGCUGUAUGACAAGCAAAUUCCUCUGACGGGAUAG